AUGUGGCCAACUCUUGUUGAUAUGUCCGAAAAUGAAUGUAAAAGAGCAUUACGAAGUUUAGAGUUGGAAACCUAUUCUAAUGUUGUAGCAGUCCUAAGAGCACAAGGGUCUUUUGGCCCCGAGAAAAAAAAAUUAUUACAUGAAAUGGCUACUGCGCUAAAUAUUCCCAUAGAACGUCAUAAAGCAGAAAUUAGAAAAGCAGUUAAUGAUGAAAAAUUAAAUACAAUUGCUGAGCUGUUAUUUGGUCCUCACACAGCAAUCGAAUGGGCUAUUGAAGGCAGAAGAUCAGUACCAUUAUUACCAAGAGAACCUCCCAAAACUGUUUAUUCAAUUGUUGGAGAUGAAGUUGCUUGUCAUCUGGUUUCUGAAAACUCAAAGUUAGUUCCCCCUUCCGAAACAGCCAAUAAAGCAAAUGAACUUCUGAAAACAUUAAUUUAUGAUUACUAUGUGCUUUUUACUAAAGAAUAUCCUUUACUACAAGAGCCUUCUUCUCCUGAGCCAGCUAAAACUCAAUCUUCAGCUAUGAGUCCCUCAGGGGUAUUAGUUUUACCUUGUGGAACAGCAAUUCAGAUGAAACGAGAGCUAGAAGAAGAAGAAUAUCUUAGAAAAAAAAGAAAAUCAUCUUUAUCAUCGGAAAUUAAUUCUAAAACAUCAAUUAGUCCAGCAUCUCCUCCCUCAUCUUCAAAGACAUUAAGUGUACCUAUAAAAACAGUGCCAUCUAGCAGCAAGCCCACGGUUCUUUACUCCCAAGCUGUGCCCCAACCCACGAAUGUAAUAACAGCUGAACCUUCUAAAAUUAGACCAAAAUCUAUAACAUCUGCUUCUAUACCAAAGCCUAGAUCUAGUGCUAUAGUUGUAUCUAAUCAGGGUAGCAAUAUUUCAUCACAAAUAAUUCAAUUGAAAAGUACAAAACCUAAUUCAUCUAGCUCUGUCGUUCAUUUAAAAUCAGCACUUCAAACUACCAAACACACAGUUCCGAUACAAACCAUAUCAGCUAUGCAAGUAAAAACUCAAAAUCCUCAAAGUAAAAUAUUAGUUCAACAAAAAACUUUACCUAGAACGUUAUCAAAAACAGUUCAGCCGAAAACAGUAAAUAAUCCUCAAACAAAAUCAAUACACACUGCAAAAACGGGACAAGUGGGAGUAGUAGUUCAACAAAAGCCGACAAAAGGUGUAAUGACAAAUGUGCAAGUAAAAACUCCACCCGGUUUUACCAAUAUUCCCUUACAUUUAAGAACAAGUGCCAAAAGUCAAGGGUUGCAAAUCAAACAUGAUACAGCAGGUAUGAAAAUGUUAGCAAUGUCUGGAGGAACAAAAAUUUUACCAAAACCAAGUCAACCUGUUUAUAUGGUUUCCACGAGUAGUUCUGCAUUAUCCAUGGUCACUCGAACGAUUCCAACGAGUACAUCUUCUAGAAAUUUAGGAUCUUCCUCUUCUGGUGCAACUUCAGUUAAGCCUUCUCAAUCAAACGUAUUCACUCCUAAUAAACCAGUACAAACAGUUCAUUUAAUGGCUCAACCUCAAACGACAAGACGACAGCAAAACGUUGUUUUAUUUCAAAAAGGAUCGACACCGAAAAACCUACCUGUUGCACAAACGGGAAAAGAAAUUGUUAGUAAAAUAGUUAUGCCAAAAGCUUCUCAAGUGGCGUUGACUUCUGUGACAAAACCUGUGACCACGUUGUCGAAUAAUAAUAUCACGCAAUCCGUUUCGGGCAUUCCAGUAGGACAAUCUCAGUCUGGUAAUGUCAUUCUAUUGGAUUUGAGUAAUCAAGAAUCUAUUUCGAAAAAUGCCGCCAUUGCUGAAUUAUUACAAGCAUCUGGUCUUUUGGGAGAUUCUCUAACCGUUUUAGACAAAUCAAAGAAUGUUAAUUCGGGGGAAGAAGUAGAAAUUGUAAAUGCGUCGGAAUCUCAAAUAUUAGAAAUCGAAGAAAAAGAUUUAAAGCAACAGGAAGUUACUACGAGAGAAAAUUCAGGGUCUUUUUCAGUUUCGACAUUAUCCAUAGAGGCUGUAGAAAUGUUAAAUCGAUCUGAUACGCCAGAGACUAGAGCAUUACUUAGCCAAGCAGGAAUUCAAAUAUCUGAUGAAAUCGGAGAUAGCGAAGAAGAAGAAGUUUUAGGAGUUAAAAUGGACGAUACGGAUUUCGAAGAAGAAAGUAGCACAAGCGAAAGUGACACAAUUGGUUCAACGUCGGGUGUCAUGGCCGUUUCCGCAUCAUUGACUAACAACAGACCUAAAACUAUGGAUAUUUUUAGCACGGCUCUAGCUUCCGCCGACAUUAAUUUAGAUAAUUUUAUGGAAGAAGAAGAUGAACCGGAACAAUCGUUUAACGAAACGCCGGGUUCUCCUAAAAGUGAAGAAACAAUCAUAGCACCGCCUUCUGAUGCAAACGAACAGUCUUUUGAUUUGGGAGAAGUCACGACAGAGUCUAAUGAAAAUCCAUAA